AUGAGCCCCCACCGGCCGACCGAUUUGACAACAGGGGGCACAAACAAGCACACAUUACAUCUUAGACAAUUAUUUUUAAGAUAUGAUCAGGAUGGGACCGUAGAAGAUGAUCUAUGUGAAGAAGAGACGAAAGCACCGGACAAGGCGCUGCCCCAGAAUGCGACGCCACAGCUCAGUGUUACAUCUAUGGUGAAGACAUUGCCACUAGUGCCUGGACACCCAGAAGCUGAGGACGCUGGUGGCCGCAUCGUGGGUGGCAGUGCGGCCUCCCAGGGGCAGUUCCCGCACCAGGCCGCCGUCUCCAUGGACAGCUCCCACCUGUGCGGCGGCUCGCACAUCUCCACCUCUGCUGUCAUCACCGCGGCGCACUGCGUCUCUGGGUUCAGCACGUGGGCGGUGAGCCUGGGAGGCAUCCGCCGCAGCGGCAGCGAGUCUGGCCGCGUGACCAUCAACACCAGGUCGACGACGGUGCACUCCGGCUACAACGCCAACACGCUCAACAACGACAUCGCCGUCAUCUUCCUGGGCACCAACGUGCAGCUCAGCAGUUACAUCGCUCUGGUGAACCUGCCUUCUCGCUCACAGGCGGGCAACAGCUUCGAGGGCCAGACCGCUACGGUCAGCGGUUGGGGUCUGACUGCCGAUUCUUACAUCGGACUGGUGAACCUGCCUUCUCGUUCACAGGCGAGCAACAGCUUCGAGGGCCAGACCGCUACGGUCAGCGGCUGGGGCCUCAAUACCGACAACGGUGUCAUCCAAGACACGCUGCAGUACACGACACUGAGCGUCAUGUCCAACACGCAGUGCAGCCAAUACUACGGCGGUCCCAUCUACGACUUCACACUCGGCGCCGUCGGUUCCAGCGGACAGAGCACCUGCAACGGCGACAGCGGCGGCGCGCUGGUGGUCGGCUCACAGGGAAGCUACACGCAGAUCGGGAUCGUCAGCUGGGGUUCGGGCAAUGGCUGUGCGAGCGGAGACCCGGCCGGCUUCACCAGGGUCACCUACUUCCUCGACUGGAUCUCAAGUACCGCCGGCAUCACCAUUCCGUAA